CGGUAUCAUUGAUAGCUGGGGGAGGGGCUACAUGAGAUGAGUUCUGUGUCGGAGCUGGUCGGUGACGGCAGGUGUGCACAGCUGCAGCAGGUGGUGGACUGUGCAGGCGGCAGGUUCAUCUGCUUCACCAGAUGCACAGCUGCGGCCUGGAGCAUCAGUGUGACUGACGGGGUUGACGUGUGGAUAUGGCAGGCUGGGCAGGAAGAACUGGAUGCUCAUAGGGAUGUUGCUGAGUUGUCAAGCUUUGAGGCAUACUUUUCUAGGUUCAGGACAGCAUUCCUCGCUGGAGAGGUCAGCAUUUCAGGGACAGGUCACAUGUUGCAGUGUACCCUGGGAAAGGGUAGCUCCACCUUGACCUAUGACCUAUACGAGGCAACAGCCAGCGAGAGGAAAGAGAAUCUGAAACACAUCUUGUUCCGACUGGCUGAUAAAGUUACAGAGCUAGACCAAAAACUGUCAGACUCCACUGUCCGGCUGGACGCGUUGCGGCAGAACCACCCAGAGCGCCAGGUCGGGGGGAAGGGAGGCGCCGGAUUUGAUUUGGAUAUGCAGAGAAACAGAGGUCCUGCUGCUAAAGUUAGGAGGAAAGAGGGAUACAGCAUACUGAACCCAGAGAGUAAGAGAGUGAAGGCCCCACGAGGAGUACACUUUGACGAUGAGGAAGACAGCAGUUAGACCAGUCAGUUGUACCUUCGUGAGGCUGAUAACUUCACCAAUUAGGACCACUGCUUGAACAUCAUAUGUUGGAACAUACAUAUACAGGCUUUUCAUUGAUGUCAUACUAAUCAUAAUUUGAAUCCUCUGACGACCAUGUUGGCGGGUAAUUGAAUUAAGCAGUAGCAUCUUCCUGUGGUGUACAGACAUACCCUGUAAUCCAAGAUGGCGCAAAUGACGUCAAAU